CCUGCCUCCUCCCAGGUGACGAGCGUGCCCUGCGUAGGGAGGAGCUCCAGCACGACCCCCCCGGGAGGCUCCCUCGUGCGCCAUGCUGAGGGCCUGAGCCAGGACACCUUCAAAAUUUGUAAGGAGUACCUAAGGCCGCUGAAGAAGUUCCUGCGAAAGCUGCGCGUGCGCAGGGACCUUCCCCAGAAGAAGCAGCUGAAGUACGUGAAGCAGAGCCUGCUGGUCCUGGGGGACCACAUCGACAGCUUCCUGCAGCACUGCUGCCGAGCCUGGGAGAUGAAGCACUGGAGGAAGAUGCUCUGGAGGUUUGUCUCCCUCUUCUCAGACCUGGAAGCAAAGCAGCUUCGCCGGCUCUACAAGUACACCAAGAACAACCAGGCAGCCAAGUUCCAGGUGGCCUUCAGCCCCUUUGACGCACCAGAGAGAUCCCUGCUGGCCACCCGCGAGGACAGCCUGCCCAAGCUGUGCAGCGCCUGGGGGCUGCGCGGCAACAUGAGCGGCAUGAAGGAGAGGCUGUCCAGGAUGCAGGCCCCGGGCCGGGAGGCCGCCCUGCCCGCCAAGCCGCUGGCUCAGCCCCAAGCCCGGAGAGGUUCUUUAAAGAGGCUUCUCCAAGACCCAAAAGUCAAGCGGAAGAGGAUUAAGGAAGCCCCCGGAACUCCAGAGAGCUGCCCCUGAGAGGACCGGCUGGGGCAGGGCUGGGGCAGGGGACCCCUCGCGCUGGCUCCAGCAGCUCAGCCCCUGGGGAAGGAAGGCCAUCCUUAUCAGAGGGACGCGUGGGUGUUCACGUGGCUGAAGGGCUGGGGAAUAAACAUC